ACCAUCAGACAGAAGAAACAGACAGAGGAUCUGACCAGUGCCAUCCACAGAGUGAGACGAUCAAACAACCUAAAGCUCUCCAAACAAGAUGAAGACAUUCAGAGUUGCAGUUGUUGUGGCCGUCAUAUUCACGUUUAUUUGUAUCCAGGAGAGCUCUGCUGUGCCAGUCACUGAGCUUCCAGAGGUGGAAGAGGCAAUAAGUAAUGACGAUCCAGCUGCUGAACAUGAGGAGACUUCAGUGGAGUCAUGGAUGAUGCCGUACAACAACAGACAGAAGCGUUCCUUUAAAUGUAAAGUGUGCUGCGGCUGCUGCCGGCCUGGUGUCUGUGGACUGUGCUGCAGAUUCUGAAGAUUCCUGCUUCAAUAAACCAUAAAUAUUCAUUUGUAGUGCUUUAUCCUUUGUUCAUGUGUAGUCCAUGUUCUUACUCAUGUGACAAAAUAUUUGGCUGGUCACAACCUGCAUAAACACAAUAAACUUCUACAUUAUAGUUUUA